CUUAAGGCACCUGCGGAUUGAAAUGAAAAGAAAAUCAAACAGGGAUCGAUUUUAUGCUGUCUAGAUAUUGUUGAAAGGGGUAGGAAAGUUGUAAAUACCCGAGGGCAGAUUCACCUACCGAUCAAACAUGUAGAAAAUCUUGUGACAUUUGAGAACACUAUUGUUUGAAUAGUAAAAAAUCAGCGGGAUAUUUGAGCUGUGCGAAAAUCUCCAAAAUCUUGUAAAAACGGAAGGAAUUUAUGUACAAUGGCACAGCGGUCGACCGACUGGAUUAAUCGAGGUACGACCUCGGGAAUAAAACGAUAAAUGUACAAAAAAGAUUUCGUAUUCAAUCUUAAAAGUGUGCGUCUUUUCAAGAGAUUAAAGAAAAUACGUUAAAGAAAAAGGAUGUUUUAAAAAGAAACAUUUAUUAGAAGUUGGGUAUCAAAUAACUCACUUUGUUCACAUAAGUGCACUUAUAAUGAAUCAAUCAGUUGACAAACUUCAAACUACAGACUUUGUAUGUUAUAAAUGAAACACAGAGACAAUAUAUUUUUAUCACUAUUUUAUAAUAAUAAAUGGUAAAAUAACAUCUCAUGAAUAGCAAGAUGUUAGAUCAAGUUUAUGUUGGAGCAGCGCCUGAUGUGUUUGCAGACGUACGGACGAACAGUCUCGAAAAUGAAAAGCAUUAUGACACGAACAUAAACCAGAUGGUACCUGACUCAUCAGCCGAGAACCAGACAAUAAUAUGUGCUGGCUGUGGAACCAAGAUUGUUGAUAGGUACUUCCUGUUGGUUGCUGAGCAACACUGGCACGUGGAAUGUCUAAGAUGCGCCGAUUGUAACUUUCAACUGGACUCCCAACUUACGUGUUUCAUUCGAGACGGACUCAUUUUCUGCAAGUUGGAUUAUCACAGAAGAUACUCUCAGCAAAGAUGUGCAAGAUGUCACGUGGGUCUUUCAGCGCACGAGCUUGUUAUGCGUGCCAGAGAUUGUAUUUACCACAUAGAUUGUUUUCUUUGUUUCUCGUGCAAUAAACCUUUGAGAACGGGUGACACGUACGGUAUUCAUUGUGACCAAGUUUUCUGUCAAGAGGAUUAUGAACAUUUACUGAACAACUUUAACACAGACACGAGUUAUUGUAAUGAAUAUAGCACGAGUUUUCCGGGAAACAUUGGGGAUAUGUUAACAUUAUGUGGGGAACCAAUGUCCAAAGGCCGUAGUCGGAAACGAAAACACUUGCUUGCUCCUGACGGCUGCUUACAAUUAGGCAUAUUCACAAAUGACCAUGGAGAAAUACUAUCACGAGAUGCGUUUAAUGCUAGUCAUCCUCCGAGACAAAAACGAGUGCGAACUUCUUUCAAGCACCACCAACUUAGAACUAUGAAAUCUUAUUUUGCAAUGAAUCACAAUCCAGACGCCAAGGACCUUAAAGAAUUAUCAAGAAAAACUCAGCUUAGUAAACGUGUGCUACAGGUAUGGUUCCAAAACGCACGUGCAAAGUAUCGACGAAGUGCCGCGAAACAAGGCAAUGAAAUUCUAGAAGAUGGCAGUAGUUCUAAGCCAAUCGCAGAUGACAGUGAGACUUCCUGUAGGUCGCCAUCAGCUCUCUCUGACGUCAGUUCUAACCAUUCAGCUGCAUCGUCACUUGAUACAAACAACCAAUCAGUGGUCUCGUCUCUUGGCGUUACGGAAGAACACGACGAGGACAUCGAGCAUAUUAACGAAAUUUUUUCUGAUGAAAAUUCGGCACCAGCCUAAUGCUUUUGAUACAAACAUUUGACACUGACUUUAUAUAUCAGUAUGCAAGAUACAUGUAUUUUUUUUCAUACACAUGUCUGGACACUUAAUAUAUGAAAUAUAGAAAAAGGCUUGGAAUAAGUUGAAGUUAGCGAACUCAAAACAUAUAAAGUUUUGCAGCUAAUAAGAUAUAUCAGCAAUGCAUCCAAAAUUGCGGUGGGGUCCCCACCCUUUUUAUAUGAAGCCAUUUGUUCCUUACAUGGAUUCAGAAAUAUUCAUAAAAAGAAUCGGCGUAAAAGAAUUUUAUUAUAUCUAGUCAAAAUGUGUAACUUAAUUAAACUAUUUAUUUUGUGUCUACUGUGAGAGUAACAUUAUCUCUGGUAGAAAAAGUAUAAUCUUAUCUUCAAGAAGAAGAAAUGUCAUUUCUUAUGAAUAAAUAAAUUAUAGUUAUCUUUAUUACAUAUGUGCAAUACUGUUUUGUUUUAUAAACUUACAUGUCAUAUAAUUAUAUUAAUAAUAAACUUCCGACAUUGUA